AACUGCAUCUUUUCUAGGGGGUGCAUGUUCUCAAUAAGCAAUUGACUCCUGAAAGAAUACUACUGUCGAGGUCACUGCGUGGGCGAGCUCCUGUCCGAUUCUCUUCCCAGCAUUCGCCUUCCUUCUGCGAGAUAGACUUGGAGUUCAACGAUCGUGACCAACCAACCUCCGUGCACUUCAUCGAGUACGGAUGCUGAUUACAGGAACAGUUGAUGAGAUAUGGUCUUGUAUUAUCUGCCAACUUGUGGAACACUGCAGCGUCCAGAGUGCCUAGAGGAUGGUGUGCAAACGUUGAUGCGCCCCUCUGGUUUGCAGGUUAGUCUAGAGUUGGACUCGCCAGAUUAUGGAAUCUUGACAAGCUCCCGCCAUGUCUGCAUUUCAUAGCUACUCCACUCCUUACUUCAACAUUAUUCUGAAGUGCCAAAAGUUCGUUUCUCGAACAUGAUCCAAUCUGGACUACAUGUUGUCUAUAACCAUUUCCUCAACUCCAUAUAGACCUCUCGCUUAGUUUACUCGCUCUCUGUGCUCGCACUAAGCUGACCAAGAAGGCCAGUAGUUGGCCUGCAGCCAUGAAGUCUUUCUCCUGAAUUAAGCUGCUGGCAUUAACAUUUCCUCCGUCGAGACAUGAGAACCUUUUGCUGCUUUGGACUCAAAAGUUCGCUCCUUCUGCAUUCCUGCGAGCAGUAAGAUCAUGCAAGCUUCUGGAAACUGUUUCCCGUCUCCGCCGGAACACUUCACGAGUCAGGAUCGGUGGUCUUAAGUUUGAUUGGGAGGAGAAUCCUGCAUUGAGUACUGCUCGUGAUCACAAUGCUUGCCCUUGGAGUAAUCGCACUCUUGAUUCCUAUUUUCCUUCUCAGUCAAGGUGUAGGAGAUGCAGGCGGUGAAACUCGUGGAGGAGAUUCUUAUGACAUUGUUGCUGGGAAGACACUUCUUCCACCCAUGGUUUUCGGACUUGGUGUGUUCUACGUGGCGGUGAUGAUUGGAGUAUUCCUUACUGUCUUGGGCCCUUUCCUAGUCGUUGGUUUGAUAGUUCUCUUUCUUGGAGGAUUUUUAAAUAGUACAAUCUGAGGAUCAUAGCUGUAGAUUAGACAGCCCAAUUUUGAUCGUAGGUCAUGCACUGUUCGAGGACACUGAUGGGUUGAUUUCCUUCUGUUUCACCAUGUUAUACUGGUUCAGAUCUAGCGCUAGUCCCAGAAAGUGCCGACCCCUUGAAACUAUCGACGUCAAGACCAUUGAGAGUAAAAACUUUGAAGGAUUUGAAGGUUUGAAAGGUUGUAGUACCAAAGGAGUGCAAUUUGUACGCUGAUGCAUUUUGGACCAAAAAGAAACUUCUGAUGCAGAGGGUAAAUUGGAAAAUGUCCGAGGUCGC